UGACCCUCGGACACAGCGGAUCACCGAUCAUGGAAAGAGCCAAAGAUGACGGCUCGGUCAUGUGAUCAGCUGUGUCCAAUCACAGCUGACCACAUGGGACAUGUACACUGAUCAUCAGAGCACUGAUGAUCAGUGUGCCCUGAUGAUCAGUGUAGCCCCAGCAGUGCCACCUGUCAGUGUCCAUCAGUGCCUUGUGUCAGUGCUCAUCAGUGCCUCAUGCCAGUGCCCAUCAGUGCCACAUCAAUGCCACAUAUCAGUGCCUACCAGUGCACAUCAAUGCCACAUAUCAGUGCCCAUGUGAGCUGCCUUUCAGUGUCACCCAUCAGUGCCACCUAUCAAUGCCAAUCAGUGCUGCCAAUCAGUGCCGCCUAUCAGUG